ACAUGGAGGUUGUACCAAGCAGUGUUUACCCAUAUAUUCAACAAUUUUUACUUCAAAACAAGCUACAAAAGACUGCAAAAUGCUUCAAGAAGGAAAUUGGAUCGGAAAUCAAAGAUUCUGAGACGAGUGAUUCUACUAUACUAGAGUGGUACCAAACAUUUGUGAAUUUGAAACAAAAAGAAAGUAAAGAUGCCAGAUUAAAAGUCAGUAAAAGAAAAAAAGAAGUUCCUAAAGCCCCCAUGGCUGCUGUGAAUGUAAACAAGAAGAAAACAAACAAGAUGCUAGCGAAUGAUUCAGUCAUGGAUGUUGACAAUUCUUCCGAGUCGGACUCCAGUGAGAGUGAUGAUGACAGUGAUGUUAAGAGUAAAACAACAAAAGAAAAAUUAAAAAAGGAUAAAGUAGUGAAGAAGAAAGAGAGCUCGUCAAGUAGUGAUAGUGGUAGUUCUGAUGAGGAAGAAUUGGAAAGCAAGGAUAAAUUGGAAGCAGCUAAGAAAGUGAAAAACAAAAAAGGAAAGCAAAGAAAGAGCAGUUCUAGUAGUUCUAGUAGUUCUGAAGGAAGCAGUUCGGAAUCAGAGGAUGAACAAACAGUUAACAAAGCUUUGGGUAAAAAGAAGUCCGAGGCAAAGAAAACAGACAGUUCGAAGAGAGCCAACAAAAAUAAGUCGAGUGAAGGUUCUAGUAGUUCAGAAGAUAGCAGUACAGAGUCUGAAGAUGAGGUAGCAACAGAGAAGAUAUCAAAGGUGCAAAAAUUGAGUAAGAAGGCAGGAAAGAAAGACUUGUUUACAGCUGAAAAAGGGCAAAAGUCACAAAAGAAAGUAAAAAAGGACAGCAGCGAAGAUGAGUCAUCAUCUGAGAGCAGCUCUGAUCAAAAUAAAGAACAAACAAUAACAAAAGGUAAACAACUUGUCAGCAAAGUUAAACCAACAGAAAAGAAAAAGUUACCAGUGAAAGGCAAAGAUAAAGAAAGCAGUUCUAGUGAAAGUGAUUCAUCUGAAAGCAGUUCUGAUGAAGAGGAGGAAUCUGAAGUGAUGAAGAAGAAUUUGAAACAAAGUAAGAUGAGUAAGAAUGAUGGCACAAGUAAAAUAGUGAAGAAAAAAGAUUUAAAAAGUAAGGAGCAGGAAUCGAGCAGUGAAACUGGAUCCAAUUCUGAAGAAGAAAGUGAGGAACCUGGAGAUGAAAAGAAGAAAGUUGAGAAAGAUGUUGGAGGGGGAAAGGUGAAAACUAAGGAUAAGAAAGAUCCCAGUAGUGAUGAGAGUUCUGACAGUUCAGAUGAAGAAACUGAGGAAGAUUCAUCCAGUGAUGAAAGUGAGUCAGACUCCGAUGAAAGCGAAGGUGUGAAAAAGGGAAAAUCUAAAAGCAAAGAAAACUCUGGGCAAAAACAAAACACAAAAACGAAAGGAAAGGAAGAUGCGAAGGGAAAUGCUGGAGGAAAAAAUAAAAAAAAAGAGUCGGAGAGUAGCGAUGAAUCCUCUUCUGGUAGUAGCGAUGAAUCCUCUUCUAGUAGCGAGAAAACAGAGGACAGUAAGAACAAGUCAAGCUUAAAGAAUGGAAGCUUACAUACAACUGGAAUAAAGAGAAAGCGAGAGAGUUCCAGCGAUGAGAGUGUUGAUGAAGAAAAUCACAGCAAGACAGUUGCGAAGAAGGUUAAAAAGAGCGGGAAGACGAAUGAAAGUCUUGUAAAUGGGAAAGAUAGCUCUACCGAGUCGUCUUCUUCUGAAUCAAGUGACGAAUCGGAUACAGAUGAAAAGACGAAGGAGAAAAGCAAAAAGUUUGGAACAGAUACAAGCGAAGUGUCGUUCAACAACGAGAGUUUAAACAAGAAAAAUACAUCGACGCCCAACUCAAUCCCAAAAGCGAAAAAGUCGAAAAAGGAUGAAAACACAACACCGAUGCCAUUCCGAAGAGUCGUUUCUGAGAACGUGAGCGUUGAUCUUAGACUGAAAGAUAAUAGUUUUGAAGCGAAGAGAGGAGCAACGGGGAGUUGGGGAGAAAAAGCAAACCGUGAUUUGAAAUUUGUUAAAGGAAAAUCGUUUCGUCACGAGAAAACAAAGAAGAAACGCGGAAGUUAUCGUGGUGGUCAAAUUGACACGUCAGUAAACUCAAUCAAGUUCGACAGCGAUUAAUAACAGUAUCGGAGACUUUGACUCGAUCGCACAUGUCAGCGGGUGACGGAAUGAAUGAUAGCUAUCAAUCGCUGCAUUAGCCUCUGUAUGAAAGGAUGUCUGUGAAUUCUGGGUGG